AUGAGUGAAGCCAGUCUCAGGAUUUAGGACCAGCCUGAAUAAUAAGUUAAUUACUCUUCUGCUACUAAGCUUCCAAACAUAGACACUACCAAAAAAGCGUCAGAAAAAUAAAAAUUUAUAGAAAUUCUUAAUGAUUAGUCACCUCAUUUGCCCAUAGCAUCUCCACUUUUAAAAGAUGAUGAAAAUUAGAAUCAACUUGGCCACCAACAAACAUAGAGAUUGAAAACUGCAGACGGUGAUAGAUAAGGUUCUUAGACUUUGCUAGUUUCAGAGAAGAAAACAGUUGAUAAUCACGAAGAGGAGAAGAAAGAUGAGGAAAAAAAGAAAAACCCUAUACUUGUGAAAGUCGAUAAGUUUAUGAAUGGCUGGAUUUUUCAAGGAGUGAUGACUGUCGUUACGAUCUAUUCUUUAUUUGGAGACGACGUUAGAUAAUUGGCUUUCACUAAAGAUGCUGAUGAUACAUUCAACUACAUGACUUCAGUUUCAUUGGCGCUAUUCAUAUUGGAACUAUUGCUAGCUUGUAUUGCUAAAGAUGACUAUUGGUUAGGAUUUUAUUUCUGGUUGGAUGCAGUGUCAACCGCAUCACUAAUUACAGAUAUCAGCUGGAUUAUGAACUAAAUUUUGGGAACUGGUGAUGGUGGAGCUUCCAAUGCACAGCAAGCUGCAAAGUUAGCCAAGGCAGGUAGAGGUGCCAGAAUCGGAACGAAAGCAGGUAGAGUAGCAAGAGUUAUCAGACUGAUUAGACUUAUCAGAAUCGUUAAGCUCUAUAAAACUGCUAAUAACGCUCUCGCUGCAAUAGGUGAUGAUCCUCUAGAAGAGGAACUCAAAAGGGCCAAGGAUUUAAAAGAUAAGCAAAAACUAUCUUAAUAAUAGUAAAAUAAGGUUGGUGCUGAUAAUUAAGGUCAGGAUAUUCAACAUGGACCUGUCAGCACUGAAGCAAAUAAGGCUCAUAAUACAAAUUCAAAUCAUGAUGAUGAAAAAGUAAAGGGUAAAACAGUUAGAGUCGCCCCAGAAAAAAGCAAAGAACCCUCGGUUGCUAAUUUCAUUCCACAAGAGUCAAAAGUUGGUAAAAAAUUGUCAGAUCUUACAACCAGAAGAGUUAUUGUUUUGGUUCUUGCCAUGCUCAUUUCAGUCCCUGUUUUCUCAGAUGAUACUUACCUUGAUGACAAUAACAGUUAUGAUGGCGCUAUGCAAGUCCUUUAAGUGUUUUCUCCAGGUGAGGAGGGUUUCAAUUUAUUGUUCAAGUCAUUUAUUGAACAGUAAGUUAGACUUAAUCAACCACUUAUUCUUGCCAACUGCAAGAACAUCACUUGGGAAUCAGGUAUUGAUCCCGCAGACUUAAGAGAUACAGAGCAGUAAAUUGCAGCUACUGGAGCUGAUCUUGAAUAUGUUGCAAUCUAUGAUAUCAGAUAUCAAGUAUAAGUAUAGUCAGGUCUGAGUAUUGGAAACACUUUCUUUGUGUGUAUAGUCCUUGCUGGAGGCGCCUUACUAUUUACUUCAUAGUGUAAUGAUCUUGUCGUGAAUCCUAUUGAAUAAAUGAUCAAGAAAGUUACCAGAAUUUCCGAAAAUCCUUUGCUUGCCGCCCAGGAAGAAGAAAACGAAGCUCUUGCUAUGGAAAAAGUUAAAGAGGAGAUGAUGAAACAAAAGAAGGGAGGCAAGAAACCAAAAAAGAAAACUGAAGGUCCAAUGGAAACUGUAGUCCUGGAGUAAACUAUAGUCAAAAUCGGAGCUCUCCUGGCUCUUGGGUUUGGAGAAGCUGGUUCAAAGAUUAUUGCUUAAAACAUGGCGAGUGGUGGUGAAGUUAAUCCUAUGCUCCCAGGCUAAAAAAUUAUUGCCAUCUUUGGGUUCUGUGAUAUUAGAAAUUUUACUGAUGCAACUGAGGUUCUUUAAGAAGGUGUCAUGCUAUUUGUGAAUGAAAUAGGAGAAAUAGUGCAUGGAGUAGUCGAUUAAUUUUCAGGGGCAGCCAAUAAAAAUAUCGGAGAUGCUUUCCUGCUGGCUUGGAAAAUUCCUGAUGAAGAUGUCGAUAGAGAUGAAGAAAAUGACACAGUUGAAUUGAUUAAGACCAAUAGAACUAGAUAACUCUGUGAUAUGUCUGUUCUCUCCUUUUUGAAGAUUAUCUCAGCCAUUAAGAAAUCAAGAAAGCUUGUCAAGUACAAGGAACAUGCUGGUCUCAAUUUAAGAAUGCCUAAUUAUUCAGUUAAGAUGGGAUUCGGUCUUCAUGUUGGUUGGGCCAUCGAAGGCGCCAUCGGUUCAUUCUACAAAAUUGAUGCAUCUUAUCUAUCUCCUAAUGUUAACAUGGCUUCACGUCUUGAAGCUGCCACCAAGUAGUUUGGUGUACCUCUUCUUAUAAGUGGUGAACUCGUCGGAGCAAUGACACCCUUUGCUGCUGAAAAGAUGAGAAUGAUCGAUAGAGUAACUGUCAAGGGAAGCAUUGAACCACUAGGUAAGUUUUAAUCUCAUUCAACAAUUUUAGAUCUCUAUACAUGUGAUGUGAACUUUGAUGAUCUACCUUUAGAUCCCUAUGAGCACAAAAUUAGCAGAAAAGAGGCCAAACUUCGUAGAGUGAAAGCUAGAAUUGCUAGAGAUCGUUACAGACAAUUAGCCUUUGAUGGUUAGAUCUAAGUUGCAGUCAAGUUUGAAACAGAUAAGGAUUUGAUCGAGAUGAGAAAAAUGUACUCAGAUGUAAGUUAUAAUCCAAUUCAAGAAUUUGCUAAUUUGCUAUAGACAUUCUUUGAGGUCUUCAGAUAAGCAUUCGUAGAGUACAUCAAGGGAAACUGGAAAGCAGCAAGAGAUAUAUUUGAGACUGUUGAAGAACAUAAGAAAGCGAUCGACUAUCCCACACGCAAUUUAUUAGCUAUUCUAGAAGAGGCUCAUUUCCAACCUCCUUCUGACUGGGAAGGGUAUAGAAUACUUACUGAGAAAUGA